GCGGCGUCGCGCGGCCGGUCAUCCUCGCCCCAGGAUGCUCCGCCGGCUCGGCCGGCCCCGGCUCAGCUCCGUCCGGGCCCCGCAGCUGCCGGCAGGGCCCUGGGUGCCCGACCGCGCCGCGGCCGCCUCCCCCAGCGCCAGCGCGCCCGGGCGCACUUCGGUGACGCCACUACCCCUCUCCUACAUGGUGUUUGAUGGGCCUGCACCGCAGCCCCCACUCGUCUUCCUGCAUGGCCUGCUGGGUAGCAAGGGCAACUUCCGUGCCAUCGCUCGGGCCCUAGUGCAGCGGAGUGGCCGCAAGGUGCUGACAGUGGAUGCGCGGAACCACGGCGAGAGCCCGCACAGCCCCACCAUGAGCUACGAGGCCAUGAGCCUGGAUGUGCAGCGCCUCCUGUGCCAGCUGCGCCUCCCCAAGUGCAUCUUGGUUGGCCACAGCAUGGGCGGCAAAACCGCCAUGACACUGGCGCUGCAGCAGCCAGAUCUUGUGGAGCGCCUGGUGUCUGUAGACAUCAGUCCCACAGAGAGUGUGGCUGUGACAGAUUUCCUGGCCUACAUCUCUGCCAUGAGGAAAGUGAGCAUCCCAAGUGGAAUCCCCCGCUCCACAGCACGCCGGCUGGCGGAGGAUCAGCUACGUCCAGCCAUCCAGGUGUCGGCGGUAAGGCAGUUCCUGCUGACCAACCUGGUGGAGGCCGAGGGCCGUUACGUGUGGCGGGUGAACCUGGAGGCCAUUUCCCACCAUAUGGCCAAUAUCAUGGGCUUCCCUGUGUUCCACGCGCCUUACCCAGGACCCACACUCUUUCUAGCAGGAUCUGACUCCCCCUAUGUCAGCUCUGAGGACUACCCAGAGAUCGAGCGGCUCUUUCCCGAGGCAGAGAUCCAGUAUAUCCCAGGUGCUGGCCACUGGGUCCAUGCAGAUAAAUCCCAAGAGUUCAUCACUGCCAUCUGCAACUUUCUGCUGCUGCCAUAGAGCUCCUUCCUGUGCAGGCCGAGACAGCGUGAUUCACAGGGCUGCCUACUCCUGGAUCACCACACGAAGGACAUGGGGAUCCUUUUGGGGACAGAUCAGUUCUGAGGUGUGGCCCCUGUCCACAAGCAGGGCCACUGGGAUGGAAGGCUCGGCACCUGACCCAUCCAUCUGUGUGGCAGGCUAGAGCGGAGAGUGAGGCAGGGCUGCGCUGCCAGGGCUAGGAUCUCUCUUCACCCCAUGCAGCUGGAGAUGAUUUGGCCUCAGUGCUUGUUUCAGCGGGCCAGGGCAGAUCUGGAGUUGAGGCUCCCCACAGGCUAUCAUGCCCGUCUGUUUGCAUCCGCAAUGUGUUGGGGCAGUGGCCCAGGGGCUCCCUGGCCCUGUUCUUCCCUCUUAUUUGAAUCCUUUCUUUGGGGUCUUGAGGUUAUUCCCACUCCCAGCCCCCUUCCCCAGCUGCCUCCAGGCACACACAGACCCUUCACUGGUCCGUUUCUCAGGGACUCUGAGCUCUAGGGUGGGGGAUCAGAGUCCAAUCUGUCCAGAUUCCAGCGUGCAACCCCAACCUUGCUGGAGGUUCCCAUCCUCCACCAGAGGCUGUAACCAGAGCUUUGCCUACUUUUGCACUGCCUUUGUGUAUAACUUCCUGGGACUCUGUACAGUAUUUAAAAUAAAGCCAAAUCAGCACAGAGGCAUCUAAACCUACAGGCCUUCUCCCAGAGGGAAGACAAGGGGAGUGGGGCAGUAGUGAAUUGGGCAUCAUGUUCUCUCAGCCUUAGCAGAAUGAGAGUCCAGAGUGUCUCCUUGCCUCACAACACAAGAAUCAGGGGACAUCAAUGAAAUUAAAAGUCAGGAAACUCAGAUCAGAUCAAAGGAAAUACCUUUUCACCCAACACAUAAGACUGUGGAACUCACUUCCACGGGACAUCAUUGAGGCCACGUGCUUAUCAAGACUCAAAUAAGGACUGGGCAUUUAGCUGGAUGACAAAAACUUCCAGACUCAACAAUUAUUGUUAAAAGAAGAGUUUGGGAAGGGAAAUUAAACCCUCCUGCUUUGAGGCUUAACUGGUCUCUGAUCAUUAGGGAUUAGGACAGGGGUGGGCAAACUUUUUGGCCCGAGGGCCAUAUCGGGGUUGCGGAACGGUAUGGAGGGCCGGGUAGGGAAGGCUGUGCCUCUGCAAACAGCCUGGCCCCUGCCCCUUAUACGCCCCCUUCCCACUUCCCACCCCCUGACAGCCCCCCUCAGAACCCCUGACCCAUCCAACCACCCCCUGCUCCUUGUCCCCUGACUGCCCCCUCCCGGGACCCCCCUCCCCAACCAUCCGCCCCCACCCCAUAUCCAACCUCCCUGUCCCCUGACUGUCCCAACCCCUAUCCACACCCCUGGCCCCUGACAGGCCCCUGGAACCCCCAACUCCCCCACCCUUGUCCCCUGACUGCCCCCUCCCGGGACCCCCAUCCCUAACUGCCACACCAGGACCCCAUCCCCUAUCCAACCCACCCACUCCUGGGACCCCACCCCCUAUCCAACCCCACUGCUCCCUGUCUCCUGACCGCCCCCCUGCUCCUGAACCUCUUCCCCAUCCAACCACUUUCUGUCCCCUGACUGCCCCCUGGGACCUCCUGCCCCUUAUCUACCCCCCGCCCCCUUACCAUGCCACUCAGAGUGGCAGGACAGGCUUAUUGGAAAGCCUGGGAGGUGGGUGGGUGGAAGCUGUGCUGCCCGCGCAGCAGCAUAACUGCGGGGGGAGGAGGGACAGCGGGGGAGGGGCGGGGGCUAGCCUCCCCGGCUGGGAGCUCAAGGGCUGGGUAGGAUGGUCCUGCGGGCUGGAUGUGGCCCGCGGGCCAUAGUUUGCCCAUCUUUGGAUUAGGAGGAGAUCUUUACCGGGACAGAUUAUCCCAGGGAUGCUACUGCGGGGUUCCUGCAUCUGCCCUGAAGCAUCUGAUGAUGGCCACUGCCCGACACGGUACGGGCUAAAUGGACCAGUCUGGCAAUUCCUGUGUUCCUAUUCCUUGUGCUCCUGGACGCAGUCUCCUUCUGGGAUUGGACUGGGAUGAGCACAGCCUGGAACAAGGGGUGCACUGACCUUGCUAUUUCCCAGGCUCCAGAGCUAUAGAUUCUUUGGUUCCAAAUUGCUGGAGUAGAACAUGCUCACCGCAGGAGUGGCAAGUGCCUCAUUAGGAUAGAUUAUAGAUUCUAAACCAGAAGGGACCAUUUAAACAUUUAGUCUGACCUGCAUACCACUGGCCGGAGAACUUCCCUGAAAUAAUUCCUGGUUGAAUACUGCAGAUCUUUUAGAAAAACAUCCAAUAUUGAUUUUUUAAUUCCUUUGGUAAAUUGUUCCAAUGGUUAAUUACCCUCACAGUUAGAAAUGUGCAGCUUAUCUCCAGUCUGAAUUUCUCUACCUUCAGCUUUCAGCCAUUGGAUCUUAUUAUAGCUUUGUCUGCAAGGUUAUUGAACCCCAGGGAGGUACUUCGGCCCAGAUCCACAAAGGAUCCCAACCUCGAUUGUUCUAUGUUGCUUGCUUGUGCACAGUUUACUAAGCAAUCCAGAUUGCUCUGUGUCAGUGACUUGUUGUCUUUGUUAUUUAUAGAACCCUGUAAAUCUGCAGAUAUCUGCUUUAUGUCCAGAUAUCUGCAUCUGUGAAUGAUUUUUACGGAUUGAAGAUCAGAUGCAGAUACAAGUUUUGUAUCCACGCAGGGCUCUAGUUAUUUACCACUCCCCUGUCUUUUUGUCAUCUGUAAAGUUUAUCGUGAGGUUUUUAUGUUUUCUUCCAGAUCACUGAUAAAAAUGUUAAAUUGCAUGGGGCCAAAAACCGAUUCCUGCAGGACCCCACUAGAAACACUUGCUUGAUGAUGAUUGUUCAUGUAGUUACAUUUUGAAAUCUAUCAGUUAGCCAGCUUUUAAUCCAUUUAAUAUGUGCCAUGUUCAUUUUAUAUUGUUCUAGUUUAUUAAUCAAAAUGUCAGGUGGUACCAAGUCAAAUGCCUUAUAGAAGUCUAUUGCAUCAACACUUGUCACCUUGAUCAACUAAAUUUGUAAUCUCAUCAAAAUAGAUAUCCAGUUAACUUGG